GGAGAACGGAAAUUGAGUUACUGCUCUAAGCUGUACAAACAGUGUCCGUUUUUCCGCACAUACCAUGAAUGCAGCAGUAGCCCGGCACAGGGGACAGGACAACAUGGCUGCUGCUGCGGGCCGAUAUUACGGAGAAGGCGGCAGAGCAACGAAAAGACAGAAAACUGAGGACGGAGGGAUGACAACGGAAAGCUAUGAUGACCCUCAUAAACCGCUCCCCUCACCGGUGGUGCACAUCAGAGGCUUGGUGGACGGUAUAAUGGAGGCUGAUCUGGUGGAGGCCCUGCAGGAGUUUGGGGCCAUCAGUUAUGUGGUUAUGAUGCCCAAGAAGCGCCAGGCCCUGGUGGAGUAUGAGGACAUGAAUGGCUCCUGCAAUGCUGUUACAUAUGCAGCAGAGAACCAGGUUUACAUUGCAGGCCACCCUGCCUUCAUCAAUUACUCCACAAGCCAAAAGAUCUCCCGGCCAGGAGACUCAGACGAUACCCGGAGUGUCAACAAUGUGCUGUUGCUCACGAUCAUAAACCCCAUCUAUCCUAUCACCACGGAUGUGCUCUACACCAUUUGUAACAACUGUGGUCCCGUACAGAGGAUUGUCAUCUUCAGAAAGAAUGGUGUUCAAGCCAUGGUGGAAUUUGAUUCGGUCCAAAGUGCCCAGAGAGCCAAAGCUUCUCUGAAUGGGGCAGACAUCUAUUCUGGCUGCUGCACACUAAAAAUUGAAUAUGCUAAGCCAGCACGCCUUAAUGUCUUCAAGAAUGACCAGGACACGUGGGACUAUACAAACCCCAACCUUAGUGGCCAAGAUGCUGAUGGUGAAGGCAAUUGGAACAAUUCACAAGAUCCCAAUGCUAAUCCCAACAAACGCCAGAGGCAGCCUGCCCUUCUUGGAGACCACCCACCUGAUUAUGGUGGCCCUCAAGGAGGUUAUCAUGGCUACAAUGACGACAGUUAUGGUCCGCCUCCUCCCCACCGCAUGGGGCCAGGAAUGGGUGGACGUGGUCGUGGUAGCCAGCGCUAUGGUCCUGGAUAUGGACCACCACCUCCUGAGUAUGGUCCUCACGCUGACUCACCAGUUCUUAUGGUGUAUGGCCUUGAACCCUCAAAGAUAAACGCUGACAAAGUCUUCAACAUCUUCUGCCUCUAUGGCAAUGUAGAGCGGGUUAAAUUUAUGAAGAGUAAGCCUGGAGCAGCAAUGGUAGAGAUGGGAGACUGUUACUCUGUGGACAGAGCCAUCACUCACCUCAACAACAACUUCCUUUUUGGACAGAAACUCAAUGUUUGUGUGUCCAAGCAGCAGGCUAUUGUGCCAGGGCAGUGCUACCAGCUAGAGGACAACACCAGCAGCUUCAAAGAUUUCCAUGGAUCCCGCAACAACCGCUUCACCUCGCCAGAGCAGGCGGCCAAGAACAGAAUCCAGCACCCCAGCAACGUCUUGCACUUCUUUAACGCACAGCCUGACAUCUCUGCAGAGAUCUUCAACCAAGUCUGCGAAGAACUUGGAAUUAAGAGUCCCACAAGUGUAAAACUUUUCACCGGAAAGAGCGAGCGAAGUUCAUCAGGUCUUUUGGAGUGGGAAUCCAUCAAUGAUGCCAUGGAAGCCCUAGCUAUGAUGAACCAUUACCAGAUGAAAAACCCCAGUGGGCCUUACCCUUACACACUGAAACUGUGUUUCUCGACCACACACCAUGCCAAUUAAAUACUCCUCCCCCCCAAACUAUUUGUAACAUUCUGUGUAUUUGCAUAGAGUAUAAUAAUGUCACGCCCCAUUAAAACAUUCAUUCAGUAUUGACAAAAUCUAGGAUUCAUGUGGUUUAGAACAUGUUACUUAAACUAUUAUUUUGUAUGAUAAAUUUUGCCAUGCUUUUCAGUCAGUUGUUUAUUUUGUAUGUUCACAACACUAAAUUUUAAUUACCCCCACUACCCUGAAAUAACAUUUUGAUGUGGACUCUUUUUUUUUUUUUUUUUUUUUUUAAUCAAGUGAAUAGAAAUAAAAAUGUGAAUAUUGAUAUAACCAAGGUUCACAUCUUCUGAGAUGGUUUGUUUUGUAUUCUUCAUUUCUUCACUCUUUGUAGGGAAUCAUCCAUGUCCUUUCAUGGAGAAAUAAAACUGCAUUUACUGGCAAGAUCUUCCACAGAGAAGCAGCUGUUGUUUUCAGAAUGGAAAAGUGAAACUGACUUCUCUGCAUGUGCUGAAGUGGUUGGGGUGCUUUCCAUCGUUAUGAAUAUUAAAGGAUGGUAGAGAUGAGGGUGAUGGUUAUAUGUUUAUACAUUAUGUUACUAUCAACAUUUCCGUGUCACAUGUCACUUCUUGUUGUAAACAAUACUGUGAAUAUCAUUUUGACUGAAAUUAAUCAAAAAGUCCUCCAUAUACCUAUAUUAGAGAGCCUUGCUUAGAUCGAGAAAAGCCAAGUUAAGUACAGUUUGAAGUAAUUACAUGUACUCAGACCUACAUUACAUGAUUUUCAGUAUCACAGUUUGUAUUCAUGUUCAAGUUACAAAUACAUUAAAGACAUUUCUUUCAACAAAAUAA